CCUCUUCUUCCUAGUGAAAAAUGAGGGACACGGUGAACUCCCAGUACAACUCCUUUCUUUACUGGAGGAUGCCCAUUCCGGAACUGGACCUGUCUGAGCUGGAAUGCCUGGAGUUGACCGACAGGGCCAUCUACAAGCCGAAGGGCAGCUACGGGAACCUGAGCGCCGACCGGAAGAAGUCGGGCCAUGGCGUCUUCGAAGAAGCUGGCGACAAAGACGUCCUCCUCCAAUUCAACAGCUUCAACUUCUGGAGGGCUCCGAUAGCGAGUAUCACUGCUCUGGAUUUUGACCUUCUCUGAGGCCGUGGCCUCGGGGCUCCCGUUUGUCGUUCUUCUGAGAGAGACGGCCUUCCUUCCUCCUUCUCCUUCCCGUUCCGUCCCUGCUCGGUUCUGUUCACUUUGGUGAUGUUUUCUUUUCAAGCAGCGUAACAAAAGCUUAUUAGUUCUGCCAUG